AUGACAUAUCUUGCCGGUCUGUUUUGUUUGCAUUGGAAGCCAUACGAAUGCUUCGUUGCUUUUGCCAACAUGGUCCACACUCACUAUUUCACAUCAUUGUUCAUGAUGGACGUCAAUCAAAUUGUAAAACACAUAAAGAUAUUCGAUAUACUCUAUCAAAGAUAUCUACCUGAAUUACAUUCACAAUUCAGAAAACUUGGUUUUUCAUCGGAACACUAUUUAUUAGAAUGGUUUUUAACACUAUUUACUAAGCAACUUCCACUUGAUGUUGUAGCAAGAAUAUGGGAUUGUUAUGUUUUUGAAGGUGAAUCUUUUAUUUAUGCAACAGCAAUUGCUAUUUUAAAGUGUUGUCAAAAACUAAUUAUAUCUUCAAGCUUUGAUGAAGCAGCACUUCUUCUAAGAACACUCCCACAGGAUAUCAAGGAGGAAGCACUUUUCUCUGCUAUCAACACAAUACACAUCCCCAAAUACUUUAAGAAACUUGUCGAGAAUCUCAAUAAAGAAUCAUAUAUACAUAAUAUUUAA